AUGAAGUUGCUUCAAUGGGUGCAUCGAAAACUUCGGCAGACCAAUCUUGAUCCCUUUAAAGAUUUCACAAUUGGAAAUCCUUGUGCUUGUCUUACAGUGCAACUAACACUUGACACCAAAUACUCUCAGACAAAGCCAAGUUUCAGUUCAAUUAACGAAUCCGAUUUCUUCAAGCCGCAUGAUCAUGAAAGUCAAAAAUUUUGGUUCAGAGAAGAUAAAUCACAAGAAGAAACAUCUGAAGUCAUCUCUGAGAAAUUUCAAGGUUUUUUGACAAUUGGAACACUCGGUGCAGAACCAGCAACACCAACGUUUGCCUCUCCUUUAGGUAACAUACCUAUGAAAGAUGCAGCCGUGACAGAGACUCAACUGAAGCUCAUAAGUUACGAGCUUGAGAAAUUCGUUGAGGCUGAUGAAGAAUGUUUCUACGAAUCAUCUGGAAGAAUAAGCUUCCGUAGCAACGUCACACUUAGCAGAAAGAAAACAGAUGGACUCGAAACUGAAGAUCUUGGAAACAAGGUUAUAUGUCCACUGCAAGAAUAUUUAUUGGGGUCAUCCUUCGAGAUACGAGAGAAAACAGAAGUCAGGAUAGAGAGGGCAUCAGUAAGAGAGACACAAGUAAAGCAAGGUCGUAGGUCUGCCUUGCAUAUUAUCAAAAAAAUGUCGAAUAUGGUCCUCAGUUCUUCAAAAAGCUGUAACACCUAUGGGAAUACUGCUGAUCAUGCUACUUCAACCAAUGAAAAGCUGUGUAAGGUUCUAUAUAAGUUUCACAGAAAAGUCUUUCCUAAAGACACCAAAAAUGCAAAUAAUUUUACUAAAUCCCACAAAGGUAAGAUUAAAAGUACUCCUCGUGACUGCUUCGAUGAAUAUGAGAACGGAGACAUCACAUAUCCGAAUACUGGCAGAAGAUUUCAUUUAGAUAGCAAGUCAAAGAACUGGUCUAAACAUUGCGAGAUAAACUGGAAGCUACCGCAAGAUGGCCUAAGCAGUGGUUCGCUUGGGAACAAUGAGCACUGGAUCAAUACAGAUCCAGAGUAUUUGGUGCUGGAGCUGUAGCAACUUAUGCUGAAUGAAAGUGUAAAUAAAUUGAGCCUGUAUAAGAGACUUCUCAAGAGUAGUAUUUCAUAGUGUGGUUGUGUUAUGCAUAUACAUUUGAGUUUAAGCUGAUAAGAUUCAAUAAACCUAUACAUUUUCAUGAAAGCUUCCAAGGGAGUAGUUACUCUGCAGUCAAUCUUAUUUGGAAGAUAUAUAGUUUCAUGUGAACUCUUAAGUUAGU